CAACACAAAAAAAUGGACGCACUUCGGGAGCAGGUGAUGAUCAAUCAGUUUGUGUUGGCCGCGGGCUGUGCCAGGGAGCAGGCGAAGCAAUUGCUGCAGGCAGCGCAUUGGCAAUUUGAGACCGCUCUCAGUAUUUUCUUCCAAGAGGCGGCGAUACCCUCCUGUGCGCAAGGAGCCGGCACCCACUUCGGCCAAAUAACACCAUGCAAUACGCCAGCCACUCCGCCAAAUUUCCCGGACGCGUUGCUGGCGUUUUCCAAAAUGUCUGCAGGUGAAAAAACUCCGUCGGGUAUGUCUCCGAGCCAGAAUGGAUUUCAGGCGAAUUCGACACCGAUGGCGGGCAUCGUGCAGCAUCAUACCGCCGGUGGCCGGUGUAGUGCAUCCGGUAACACAACACAGCAACAGACGCAACCCCAACAAACGCAAUUCGGCCUGGGCGAGCCACAGAGAUAAAAAUGACUGUGCUAAUUGACGAUGCGCAAGCACGAAACGUCACGUAGAUGCGCGCGAUAACGUUUCCGGAAAACAAAAUAUUGCGCUCUAAGCAUGAAACGAAAAAGAGAGAGGGAAGUGAACAACGUAUAUACGGAAAAGAGGAAACUUCAUGUUUUCUGAGAAAAUGCAUCCUUCCCGGAAGAGAAUGAGAGAAAUUCUCGAACGACAUCGCAGCGACUACACGAAAGAUAUCUUCUACAGAUCAGAACUGGAUUGAAUCGUUAUUCACGCACAAUAAGCAAAGCGUGCAUUAUGUUACGUGCGAAUGCGCGAAUAAGUCUGAGUGUUGAUUUCCCCGACGAUGCCCGAGAGAAUAUGACACGUAUUUCAAUUGCUAGAUUUCCUUCUCGGCUUCCUCGAGAGAUCUAGCGUAGGACGGUAUGUUGAGUAUAGUCCUCUAUGUCUAUGUAUAUAGCGACACAAAACGCGAGAGAGGGAGAAGGGACGAAAAUCAUAUCAAAGAGCCUUCUUUUUUUCUCUGACACGUCGGGACCACCUCAUAGGUCCAAAAAAUGAUCGAGGACAUCGAUAAUUUGGAAUAGUCGCACUAUGAGAAAUGGCUCCAUCACUCCAAUCUGACUUCCUUGUCUCCUUAGAUACUAUAGACACGUGACUGUUUCUCAAAUUCACUGUACGUCACCGUUAGACUAGGCGAUGGAUUUCCACUAUCACUUCCACACCACAGUACAAAAGAGUUUCGAGGUACAGUUUCCUCGGUUACUUGAAAACUUACUCUUUAUCGCACAUUUUCGCGGAAGAUAAUGACGGAAGAUUGUACGGUAUCUUUAAUGUAGAUGGAACGACAUCGCUACUGCACGAUGACUCCGCAGACAUUUGUUUAAUCAUGGAACUCGAGUGUUUUAUUACGAUUCUUUCGCUGUUCUCUUAAAAUAGUGAUGCUUGCGGUACGCGUUACUUGCGUGCCGUUUCCAUAUACAUAAGCGAUAUUUCGAUGGUAUAAAUAUACGAGGCUAAGUAUAAUAAACGAAGUUCUAACGUGUAAAAAUUUGUAAAAAGAGUAUCCCGAGUUAUGUAACGUUCGUUUUACAUAAUAAAUAACUAUGUAAAAAGUAAGUAAAAUAAAAAAAAUCACAAGGAAGAGAUCUCGCGAGUGAUAAAAGUAUAAUAGUCUGAAGGAUUGAUUCAGGAAUUAAUGUAACCCGGUGAAUACGAGCAGUGAGAAAUUCUUGAUUCGAUUAUUUCGACUAUUCGCGAACUAGAGAUUAUUGCCUGGGUUUACGCAGCACUAGACUUCACGAUGUUUACAAAAGAAUGCUCUUAUAUGGCAGCUGGCAAUACGAUUCUGAUAUCAUAGUAUAUCAAUAUUUGAAUAUAUGGAACUCUGUAUCUUUCAUUAUAUUUCUCGUAACAUACAUGGACGAUUAUUCGUAUUAUAGAUACAUACUUGUUUUCAUUAAGACUCUAUUUAUUCGAUGUAGCAGCAAAUUUAGUUCUUCAUAGCU